AUAAUUGAUUUCUAAAUUACUCUUGUAUAAGGAACAGAAUGAGAGGCAAACUAACAUUGUGGAAUCCGGGUUGUGAUCAUGCUGGAAUUGCCACCCAAGUUGUUGUAGAGAAAAAGUUGUGGAAGGAGCAACAAAAACGACGACAUGAUUUAGGAAGAGAGAAUUUUAUUAAAGAAGUGUGGAAAUGGAAGGAAGAGAAAGGUGAUAGAAUUUAUGAGCAACUGAGGUUGCUUGGUUGUUCAGUUGAUUGGGAAAGAGCUACUUUUACAAUGGAUUCUAAAAUGUGCCAUGCUGUUACAGAAGCUUUUGUCAGAUUACACGAAGAUGGCCUAAUUUAUCGAGCUAAUCGCUUAGUCAACUGGUCUUGCACUUUGAAAUCUGCCAUAUCUGAUAUAGAGGUUGAUAAAUUAGAACUUACAGGAAGAACAUUAUUGUCUGUUCCAGGCCAUGUUAGCAAAGUUGAAUUUGGUGUUCUAGUUUCAUUUGCCUAUCUUGUUGAAGAUAGUAGUAAGUUAAUAUAUUCAACUUUUUGCACAUUAUACUUUCUUUAG